UGCGAGGUGGUGAGGCUCAAAAGCAGGUUCAGUCAAACAUUGCGCUCACACAAGAAGAGACCCAGAGAAAGAUGCUUCGUUUAGAGAGCAAAAACACAUUCUUUGUAAUAUCUCACAAUAGGUUUCAGUGAGAUAGUCGACGCGUUUGUGUUGCAAGUAACUCGAGGCAGCGGAGCUCCACUAAUCGGCGUUUGAAUUGGACUUUGCACAAAGGAGGAUCUGUGCUGGUGGACGAGGGGAAGGAAGCGAGGAAGGUGCGCUCAGUCAUCGGAAGCACAUUGGUCUUGACUUCUAAAGGGAAGAUUUGUCAUCAGAUGGACCCCAGUUGAUGCCAGCCAGACCCAGUCCAUGUUCGUACUCCUGGCCCGAUUCCAGAAAUGGACCGGUGGCCUUACAUGUCCAACCACGUGCUGGGAAUAACACUGUAUCGAGGGACUUCAGAUCUCAAAAUGCUACAGGCCCUAACAUCGCGGCCAUCGUGGCCCCCACCGUCACGCUGGGCCUCCUUGCCAUCAUCGCCUUGGCAGUGGCCGGCUGGCUGCUAUGUGUGGUGAAGAAGAAGCGGCAGACAGAAGGAGCUUACCGACCCAGCGCCGAGGAGCAGUGCGGCACUCGCAGCGUGGCCACCACCGACAUCCUCAAACUCCCCAAGGAGGAAAGACUCAUUUGAGGAGCCACUUUUUUGAGGGUGGGGGGAUCCCUGUUAAAAAAAACAUUCAAAGCGGUCUUCAAUCAUUUUCCUGUGCACACAUGAAAGAGGAGCUCCAGUAUUUUCUCACUACCAAAUGUUUCAUUUUUUUUUCCUGAAGUGGUUUAAAACUUGUUUAGUGAUAUGGAUCGUGCACUAUACAGUUAGUCAAUACCACUUUUUUUUUUACCUCAGCCAACUGCUCAUCACGAUUCCAUUUUGGUUUGAUUAAACAGCUGUUUACACAUGUACGACAUUUCAUCCGAUCGACUUAUGUCACUGAGUCAUCAGUUCAGUUAAUUUAUGUCUUUGUCCAAUAAAUAUCUGCUGUAUUUGUA